GUGGAUUCUACUGAAGUUGGCUGAGAUAUUUUCUUCUCUCUCUGCAACACCUGACGCGUUCUUCAAUUUUCUAUGCCUCUGGAUUUCUCCUGUCCUUCAUUCCAAGGCUUAGUCUCUCUUCUUCUGCAUCUCCUCCGAUCCACUGUUUGCUUCUUCGAUGGGGGUUUCUUGUUUUUCUCUGUUAUAUGUGAGAGUUUAAGGAAAAGGGUUUUAGGCUAUGGACUUUGCGCGGACUUCCAGGUGAAGAUAAAGAAAAAGAAAAAAUUCAUGUUUUCGUACUUGUUCUCCCUUGCCCAUCAGACAUCGAGUGAAGAAGCAUAUUACCCAAUACUUCAAUUUCUAAUUCUGCUGCCCUCACUGCAAUGUGGUGGGCUAUAUAUCUGCCUGAACUAUCCUCAUCCUAUUGUACAUGAACCUUGGAAUCCUUUCCACUUUGAAGCCAAGUAUACAGUCAUGCAACAAGAAAUUGAAAUUAAUAGCAAAAGCAGCUCAAGAAAAUGACAAAUUCUUCAAACCAAAUCCAAUGAGGAAGUCCGAUCUUUUUGUCAUAAUCAAAGUUAAAUUUUUCAUGUUCCAUUACACAAGUCCCAAACUCAGUGCUAAAGAAAUGUCAAAGAUUUAAUAGAAAUUCAUUGAAGCUGUGAAACAAAAGCAAUCAUGGUAAGCUCCAAAAGGCCAAGAGAAAAUAGGAGUCAACGACCGAUGGAGAAAUGAAGAGGAGGGAAUACCUUGUAUUUGUUGAGGUUUACUUCAUUACUGCCAUCCAUGAGGAGGACAUUGUGAAGUAGAGGCCUCACACCAAUAGAUUUGUCAACACUGUUAAGAAGUUUCAAAGACAAGUUGGGAGAAGAAGAAGAGAAUAAUAAGAUGACGAUGGGGAAGAAGAAAGGAAUCUGUUUUGAAGAAAUAGAUCUAAUUUUUCAGUUUUAAUAUUUUUUUAAUAUUUAUUAUUUUAAGGGAUGAACACUUAACGGAAUUAGUAAUCACAUGACACACGUGAUCAUUUUUUGAUUUAAUUAGACUAAAAUUGUUAUGUAUAGGAUUUAUUUGGCAAAAAUUAAAAUGUAAGGGGACUAUUUGAGUGUAAACUUUUUAUUAGAGGGCUAAUGUAAAAUUAAGAUCUUUCUAAUUUUCUUGUGGUUUCAAGGAUCUUAAGGCAUAGACAUGAUCAAGCCUUGUUAACGCACAA